CGCACCCAAUCAUACCACUAUAAAUAUCCCUGUGAAGAAGAAAAUUUUAACAUCAUUCAUCAUCGUUCAAGAACUAAAACCCAUAAGAAAAUUUUUUGUUCUAAUUCCAUCCUCAUCAUCAAUUGUUAAUUCAACAUGUAUCAAUUUCUUUGCACUGUAGUGGCAAUCUGGUUAAUCUUUUCGUACGUGACCCAAGAUAUAGCAAGCAGCAGCGAUUCCAGUAUUUCCAAUCAAGUCACCUCACCGAAAUUCGUCCCGUCGGAAUUACCGUCGGCGUUUGAAAAUUCCUUAGAGAAGUGUGUAACCCUUGCGUUCGACGACCAUCCGUUGUCCCGGGGACCGGCACCGAAACUAGCAAUGGUGACGGACGACAAGAAGAAGUCGGUGGACUGGGAUUCGAUUGUUUGUAAGGACAUCCUUCGAAUGGUUAACGUUUACCGUCGGGAUAAUGGUUACUUGCCGAGUUACUACGUUGAGGCCUUGGAAAAAGUUCCGAAGUUCAAGAACGACAAGUAUGCCCUGAAUCGGUUCCUUUGCCGGAUGGAUCCUCACAACAACUACUUAGGUGUUCCUUGUCCUGAUUUGUUUUCAGGUAUCACUUGUAAUGUACUCGAAAUUGUUAGGCCGUGAUUUUUGUUGAGUGUCCGAAUCGGUGGGCUUAUAGCUCUUUGUUUAUUGUAAUGACAAACUUAUUAUUGUUGCAGUUAGUUCUAGCAAUAUAUACGUUGCUUUUUUGGUGAUAAGGAGUACGUAUUAUGUAUGAUUCUCUUCUUCAUCAUGUUUAAUCAAUGUUGCUAAGAAUCAUGCUCAUGCUCCUAGUAUCACUCUUUAUACACGUAUUUCCUCAAAAAAAAAUUAAAUUAAAUUAAAUCAUGCACUAAGUUUUCCUUUGAAU